GUUAGUAAGCGGCGGUAGCUUCCUCCAUCCCCUCGCCGCACCCGAGAUUAAGGGUAUAGAUCCAGACGAGAGCAUCAGAGAGACUUUGUCUCGUGAAUGCGAUUACGGUAGCCAACAGCACGCUGAGAAUACCAAACGUCGCGAGCUCGUCAAACAGGGCAUUAGCUUGGAAAGGGCGAUGCGUCGCGCCAAAGCCUGCGAAAAGAGGCAGGUGGCGCAGUAUGCAGACUGUGUCUGGGAGCCUGAAUUUCUCAAGCCGAUCAGGGAUAGAAAGCUUGCUGGAAUUUACCUGCGACAUGCAGUUUCCGACGACAUGGAAGCCGUAUGCAAUAUCCUCAAUUAUUACGUGGAACACACUACGUCUGUUUCAGAGACAGAGCGCCCCACAGUCAUGGAACUCCGCGAACAGUUCAAGAAAAUCACGCAGCAGAGCAAGCUGCCAUUCCUAGUGGCGUGCGAAAAGGGUGCUCUGCUCAGAGCGAAAUACAGCAGGAAUGGGGAUCUCCUUCUCGACCCACGCCAACUCCCUGACACCAUUGUUGGCUUCGGCCGUGCGGUCGAUUACGGCAAUGGUGAUGAAAUGUAUCGCUCCACUGCGGUACUCGAGAUCUUCAUUCGGCAAACUCACGUCUUGAGGAGAAUCGGGACAUGCAUCAUGGACAAGAUGCUGGGCCUGCUCGAUCCCGAUCAUAUCGAGCGUGGCGGGUACGAGGUUGGCGACGACAACCUAGAGGGUGCCAGGCCAGUACGCAACAUCAAGAACAUCGUAGUUGACUACCUCUACUCGACCGACAGGCCCGAGAGACUUGAGUCUAUGCGCAGGCGGCUGGUCCAAGGCUACCAAUUCGAGGAAGUGGGCAAGCUUCGCGACAUUGGCAGGAAACUCGACAGAUCGGUCAGCAAGGCGGUCUUCAUGCGUACGACUGGUGCGGUACUCGAUCAUACCGACCCUCCGGAAGUUAUAUAUUCCGCGUGGCCGUGAGAGAUCAUCGCGCCUGGGAGAGACGGACAGACUGCGAUUGACCCUGGUUCACGAUAGAUAUCACGACGACCCUGAGAGAGACGACGCGCAAGAUUUUCCUACUGUUUAGAAGAGCGAGGCAGGGUGACGGGACGGCAAGGCAACAAGACAGCAAGACAGACAGC